CCUCUUUUAGGGUUUCUUCUGCUCUCCUUCACAAGCGAAGUCUCUCUCUCUCUCUCUCAUUUUUUCUCCUUUCUGUCCGUCGAAAUCCAUGGACGAGGCAGGCGCACCGUCCAUCGCGAAGCACCUAGCUUCCUGCAACACCCGGACCAGAUCACAAGCCCUGGCCCACCUCACCACCUUCUUCUCAUCUCAUCCGUCCAUCUCCGACUCCGACAUGCUCAAGAUCUGGAAAGGGCUCUUCUAUUCUCUCUGGCAUGCCGACAAGCUACCCGUCCAGCUCCGCCUCAUCCAACGGCUAUCCUCCCUCCUCCUCUCCCUCCACCCUUCCCCUAUCUGCCUCCAAUACCUCCGCUGCUUCAUCACCACCAUCCGUCGUGAGUGGGCCGGCAUCGAUUCCCUCAGGUUAGACAAGUUCUAUCUCCUAAUCCGUCGAUUCCUACGCCAUCUCUUCCUCCUCCUGAAAUCGAAUUCAUGGGAUCUCGAGCUCUCAAAUCGGUUGAUGGACGUUUUGGUAGAAAUGACGCUUUUGCCCACCGACAGUUACCCGGCGCAGGGCGUAAAUUACCACAUCUCAGAGGCCUUUUUGGAAGAACUGAAGGAAUUCCUCCCGCUUACGGCGGACGUUCUCGACGCCCUUUUGAAACCGUUCUUCUCCGUUCUGGAGAAAUCGACUGAUAAGGUGUUGGUAUCUAAGAUAAGAAAGAGUAUGUUUGAUUGCUUGCUCGAGAAUGGGAAGAAGAAGAUCUCAGAUCUUGGAAAGGGGGGAACUUGCGUGGAUUCGGACGAUGAGGAUGCAGAGAAGUUUGGGAUCAUUGCUUUGAAAAUGGGGUUUUCGGCGAAGUUCUUUAAGUUGGCGUCGGACCCAGAUGCAGUUCAGGCGAAUCGGAAAGUUUUGUUUGGAUUGCACGAGGAAUUCCUGAAGUUGGAGAAGGAUUUUGAGAAGUUGGGGGUCGAAAUUUCGUUGCCAGAGGUUAAUGUGGGACUGGAUACAGAGCUGGUGGACGUGGCGGGAGCUCCUUCGGAACAAGUUGAGGGGAACCCGCAAGAUCGCAAGGCCUCCAAGAAGAGCAAAAAGGCCAAGAGCAAGAAACAGUCGGAGGUUGGUGAUAAAGAGAGUAAGAGCAAGAAGAAGAAGAAGAAAAAGAAUGGUUCUUCUGACUCUGAAACUACUGAAAAUGGCCACGUAGCUACAGUAAAUGGAUCGGACAUUGAGAAGGAUGAUAUUGGGAUUUCUUUCGACGAGUCGGUGAUUUCGAAUCUGCAGAAGCAGUUCGAGAAGGUUGCGGCGGAAGCCGGCAUGGAAGUGGAUAGCACGAGCUCAUGUGCUGCACCGAUGGUGGUGGCGAAUGGGAAGGCAUCGAAGAAGAGGAAAAGGGCUAAGAUUGCUGACGGGAAGGUUUCUGUUAUUGAGGGCAGCGUUGGCGGGAGUGCAGCAGGUAAGAGUGGGGAGAAGAGUGCCAAGAAGGUCCGCUUCUCUAUGAAGAGCAACUUGGUGUGGAAACCCCACAGCCCAUUGCCUCCACAGAGCUUGAGAUUACCGCCAUCUGCUACUCCAAGAGGGAGUGCACUGAAGAAAGGCGUGCCUCCAGGGCCCGUUAGAGAAGCUCCCCUUGCAAAAAAGGUGAAGCACAGGGGUAGUGGGGGGAAGAAGGGGAGGAAGAUUACGAAGACAGUAUCUCCAGCCAUUAAACGUCUUCGAAAGUUGCAAUCUCUCUCUGCAUAAUUUGGGGUGGAGAGAGCAAGAGAGGUCGGGAUUGUAACAUUGCGCUUUAGAUUUCGAAUUUCAGUACCGUUGUUUCGUUUUCGGGUAGUUUACUUCUAUUCGGAUUCUGUCGGAUGAGCUCCUGUUCAAGUACAAUUCUCAACAAUCAAAGGAAAGAA